GAAGUUGAAGAAAUACAGAAGCACUCGGAGUUCAUGCAGAGAAAUCUAGAGGCUGCAAUUGAGGCAGUCUCGUGCCAGCUGAGCUCUGUGACUGCGUGGGUGCAGCAGAACUUCGGCUACUGCUUUAGCAGCCACGGAGCCUGGCCGCAGCAUGCGACCGUGCAGGAUGUGAGCGCCGUUGCAGCUCGAUUUCCACAACUUUCUCCCAUUCUCGAGGAUCGCUGUGUUGGUGAGGAUGCAGCUGCAAAGAAGGGACAGGAUGGACUUGCAGAGGAAUUCAGUGAAGAUCUGCUGCCUUUUCUUCGCCUUCUUGUGGACGAUGUGCCGCAGAUGGUGAAGCGCAUGACAGAGAACAGCCAGACGCUCUUGGAGAAAAUCAACCUGGAGCGCGCUGACCGCCUCGCCUGCGAGGCGCAGAUUGGUGAAGCACUGAAGCAGUUGGACGAGCGGGUCGAUUCGUUCACGUCCAGACCGCCGUCAGGCCCCACUUUGCUUCACAAUGUUCAGAAUGGUGUGAUUUUCGAUGACAAGGGAAGGAUUGCGACGGCGCUUGCAUCCAGGCCCGUCGCGGUCCAGCGCUGUGCCUCUGCGCCUCUGGGACUGGCGGUGGCCGGGAAAGCUCCCUGCCUGUCUGUGACGACCCCUGGCCCGAGCGCUUGA